AUGGCUUGGCUGGGCUGGCUACUGCGGAUCCGGGCAGCGGUUGCAGCUCUUGCCGGUUCGUGUGGCUGGGGCCUGGGCAUCGUCUUUAACGGGUGCCGAGUUGGCCGCCGCUUUCAUCAAAUGCUCAUGGCCUUGGCCGGCCCCCUACUGUUCCGCAUCGGGUAUAAUCUCUAUGCCCGAACCCGGCUGGGCUACCUGUUCUACAAGCGUCAGGUAAAGAAAGCACGGGAGCGUUAUCCCCAGGGGCACUCCGUCCCCCAGCCUCUGGUGUUCAGUGGAGUGAAGAUUCUGCCUAUUCCUGUCCUGUCCAAUAACUAUAGCUACCUUAUUAUUGACACUGGCUCAAACUGUGCUGCGGCUGUGGACCCUUCUGACCCUUUGGCUGUACAGUCAGUCAUUGAGGAAGAGGGAGUGACGCUGGAGGCCAUCCUGUGCACUCACAAACAUUGGGAUCACAGUGGGGGGAAUGCAGCACUGCGGCGGCGGCAUGGCUCCUGCAGGGUCUAUGGCAGCAGCUCCGAUGACAUCCCUGAACUGACAGACCCGCUCUCGGACAAGGAGACAAUCAUGGUAGGCCGCUUGAACUUCAAGGCCCUCUUCACUCCAGGACACACUGUGGGGCACAUGGUCUACAUGCUGGAUGGGAAACCUUUUGAAGGGCCAGCCUCUCUCUUCUCGGGAGACCUCCUGUUUCUCUCCGGCUGUGGUCGGAUAUUUGAAGGGACGCCAGAAACAAUGCUGGCAUCACUCGACACAGCAGCUGACCUUGCUGAAGAUACGCUGCUUUGGCCAGGUCAUGAGUAUGCCUUGGAAUGUCUAAUGUUUGCUAGUCUUCUGCAGCAGGAAAACCCUUUCCUGGAGCAGAAAUUACAGUGGGUGAAUCAACAGCGGGUGGAAAAGAGAAGCACGUGUCCCUCCACUAUUGGCGAGGAGAAACAGUAUAAUCCUUUCCUGCGGACUCACUGCCAGGAGGUACAAGAAGCUGUGGGUCUACAGCGCCAAGGGGAUGAGGACUGGGACAUCUUCAGGGCCCGGGUAUUGAAGGAAGUGCGGAAGCGAAAGGAUGUCUACAAAGCAAACUAGCAGUUGGGGUAGUACCAGGCUGGAGCAAGGUGUACCCACAUGCAGGGGCUGAGCGUAGCCUCUGUGAGGAGCCCAGUCAUGAAAUGGGCUCUAUCCUACUUACGAGAGAUCUCCUUGGAUGCUGCUCUCUCUCACAACAUGAAGUAAAAGGCAACUUUGAGGUUGAAGCUCUUUUCCUGAGCUCCCCCAGAAGUUCUGGCUGCCAGUGCUGCUUACCCAUCUCACAUGAAGAAUAGGGCCUGAGACCUUCAGUCGAAAAAGAGUGUCGUGGUGGAGUCUCAUGGAGGAUGGAAUGGAUUUUUGAGAGACACAGUAUUAUUUGGUGGCUUAGUGUCCCCUGUUUAUGUACAACAACCCCCCCACACACACACACACACUGCUCUGAGAGAGCACAGGGCAAAGCUUGAAAGACAUACCGAGCUCUGUGACUUCUUUUUCAAAAUGUGUAUGUUCGAGUAUGUCUGCCUAUUGUUAUCUCGGGGAUCUCCUGGGUCUUGCUAUAAGCACAGUUCCAAUGUUUCCCCCCACCCCUUUCAUCUGGAGAGACAGGUGGACACACAAGGCCCUGUUUGGUUUUCCAAUCCUGUCUCAGAUUAGAAGGAACUUCCAUCUGCCUUCUCCUAAGACUUGCUCUUGGGCAGCUCUUGUUCUUCAUCUUCAGCUUGCUCUUCCUCUUUUGACUUGGAUUUUUAAAAAAUUAUCUCUGCAGUCAAGCAGAUCAGCAUAUUCCUAGCCACAAGUCUGAACAUGGGUCACAUACCUGAGCGAAGCUUGUGAAACAUAGAGCACUCUUCCAACUGCCUCUCAAAGCACAAACUGUCCUAGGAGAAUAAUAAAUUCAGAGCAGAAGAAUAGAGCCAGGUAGAUAUUCCUCCUAGCAGACCCAAUGCAGGCCCUUCAGUAAGGAUAUAUGGCUUACUUCCACUUGGAAAUGGUAGAUGAACAUUCACAUUCUCUGAAACGUGAUCUCAACAGUGUGGCCAUGUGGAUGCCAUUGGUAGGUGUGUAAGUUUGGUUCGAGCUACUCUUCCUAGUGUAUGAAUAGCAGAACACAGGUUUGGUUUUGGUUUUUUAAUCAAGGUGGUCUGAAAAAGUGUUAACUUUGUAGCCAACUUUGUAGUAAAGUAGUAAACAACACUAUAAAGCUUUUUCUACAUUUUUUGACAUUUUAAAUUUGUGUCCAUCCUGGAUGCUACAAAUAUUUGACUGUAUUUUGGAAAGACUUAAAACACAUUUUUGUUAUUGUUUGUUCCUGUAACAUUUUGAUGAGCUGCUAUUUUGAUUUGCACCUUCAGUUCUACAGAGAUACUUUGUGGUGUCAGAAAAACAAAAGUUUCAAGAAUUAAGGGUUAUAAUGAUGCAUAUUGUUGGUUUAACCUAAAAUGCAUUAAUGCUUUAACCUCAAAAAGUUAAUAACAACUUUAAAAGCAAUCCUGUUUGUGCUGUGAAAUGGGUACCUACACAGGCUUCACUCAGCAGGAAAGAGUAUAAAGUGGAAAGAGCUGCAUUAAGCCAACCCAAGAGCUUGAUGCUGGUGGGAGAAAGCUCAAGCCACAGAUCAAGCAUGGCAAUAGAAGGUGUGAAAGCAUGGUGUCUCCAGUGUCUCAUUUUGAAUGAAAAAAUGUAUCAGAUCUAGAGGCUCCAAGCAAGACCUGUCCAGUAGAACCCUAGAAGAAUGCCCAUCCAAGCAGAGGAACUGGAAAACAAAUAAGCACAGAUGACUCGGUCUGAAUACAAUUGAGGCUACUUUCUCUGGAUUAGAGUACAGUCUGAGUGACAUGGUCUGCAGUCAACACUUGUGUAUGAUACUCAGAAGUAAGCCCCACUGAGCCGAGAAACAUAUGCAACCUAAAUUUUGUUCCUAUAACUGACUUUUGAAGGAGAACAUGCUGAUGAGUAGCACAAGGCAUUGGUGAUGCCAGAAUCAUUUUUGCUAGAGAAGGGGAAACUGAAUAAUGUAGACCAGGUUUUUGUUUUUUCCUAAAGGUUUUUUUGCUGCUUUUACGAGCAUGGUUUUAUAAACCGGCUCUCUCUACCCCUUUGCAUGAGGAGAGGUAGCAUGAGAGUUUUGCUCUGUUAGUAGCUUUUCUGUUCUGUCAAUGAUGUUCAUGACCAAGGUCACUCUUCUCAGGCCUUUGGAUGCAUGCAUCCAAGGCCUCUGUUACCUUGCUUACAGCAGGGAAGCCUAUUUGAGUGAUGAUUGUUUUCAUGCUAAAUUCGCUGAAGAUUUACAGAGAUUUGUAGCAGAUGUGGAGCAGAGUCUGGCUUAUAAGAAGGCAACAGGUGGCUGUCAAUCUCCUAGGAUUUAAAAUUGCUCUUUUUCUGAGCCUCUCUGUUUAGGAUCACAGUGUCUGGUGGACGGAGUUCAGCAGCUACACAUAGGGAAAGCAAACACUCCUCACCCAGCCUUUUGUAUACAACCUUGCACAAGUCUAUAGGCUUUUCCAUUCAAAAUAGUGCCUGCUCCCUGAAUUGUAGGUCUAGUGAGUCUUGGGCUAAUACACUACCAGCAAGGCACUUCCACAGACUAGGACUGAUGAUUCCUUGUCUGUGUUCUCUUGUUUUUAGAAUCAGUUUGUUGUGAACAAAUUACAUACUUGAGCCAGGUUGAUGGGCGUGGUUAGUCAUGGAGUAUGACAUUGUAUCCUGAUGUGAUACAGUGUCUAGCUUAUGGGUUAGGGCUCAAUACUUUUGUAGAACAUGCUGUGGAUUUUAAACUCCCAAUAAAUUGAUCUUGGACUUUU